AGCAAGAUCGUGGAUAUCCUUAGACACAUUUUGACCUUAUAUAAUAAUAAUUCUUGUGUUUCCGGUUUUAGAUUUUAGCGAAUAGAAUUAUUAUCUUAAACAUGGUCCACAUUACGCAGAUUCUUACAGUUUUUGGUACUUUGUGCCUAAUAUUUCUAACCGGAAUUGCUUCUUCGACUGAUAAGACUUUAUCUGGAAACUCACAGUGCAUAGAACCGAUAUCCUAUGAAAUGAAGAUUUUUCCGCUAAUACAAAAUAACUCUUUUAGGGUUGAAUCUCGCGUCAAAAUAAACGUUACAUGUAUACAACAAAACAUAAAAUUAUAUUUCGGUCGUUAUUGUGAUCAACCGGAAAUUUCUAUCAAAAGUGAUAUACAAUAUUUAACUCCUUUGUUGUUACAAAUAAACUCGGUGUUAUUUUAUACGGAAGAUCGAUUCAAAUUCUUAAAUAUCACAAUUCUUCCCUUGAAUAUUAACAGCGAGAACAUUAAAAUACACAACCGAAUAAUAUAUUUCCAAAGUGGAGAAUAUUGGAUACAUGCAAAAUAUAAUUGCAAUUUAGAGAAAGUUGCAACGGUUUUUUCAUAUGUCCAGCAAUCUGAAGAAACACAAUAUUUGAUUUUGCCGCGUAUUCCCAAUGAAUGGAUAUUUCCAUUAUGGAAAAACCCAGCAAUUAAAACCACAUUUAGUAUUCGAAUUUAUCACACCAGCGAUGAAAGAGCUUUUUCACAUAUGGCUGGUGAUACAAAAAUUGAAAAAAAUACGUCCUGUACAUACUUUCUUUCUACUUCUGUAAUGUCUACUCAUUUAGUAGCAAUAGCAGUCGUACCUUCUACCGUAGCCAAUUCCUUUAAUUUUUUUGAAGGAAACAUUAUAAUAAACAGAGUACAGAUGAACAGUAAAUUGUCAUAUGCACAAUCUCUUAUUACAAAUAUCAAGCAUCAUGUUAGUAAAGCUUGGAAAGAUGUAUCAUUGUCACGUGUUAUUUACGCAGCAUUUCCAAUAAAUUCUAGCCAUUACGAAAGUGUAAUAACUAAAAAUCAUGUUUUCUUCAAUGAAGCUGAAAUUACAUACGAUGAAGAAAUAGACUCACUUGCACAAAAAAAAAAAGUAACAUGUUUGGUAGCACGUAAUGUAAUACAAGAAAUGUUUACUGAUUGGUUACUUUCAUUGAAACAGUCUGAUUCUUGGUUUAUGGAAAGUUUUUCAGCAUUUUAUGGAGUGUAUAUUAUCGAUCAGAUGUUUGGUCACUCUUUACUGAAGUCGCUAAUAGUCCAAACACGACGAGAAAUUCUUGAUUUUAUAGAAGCAUAUACUACACAUAAUUUUCCAGGUAAAGAAAUAUCACCGUUCAUAUCUCCAAGCUCGAUUUUUAUCGAAUUGUGGCGAAAGAGUGCACUCAGUAUAUUUUACAUGGUCACUGACAUGGACAAAUAUGUUCUAUACAACUCCAUGUUUAGAGAAGCCAUAAACAUACAUCAUAACACUUCAUCAAGUGAUACAUAUAAUACGCAGUCAAAUUUUGAUAUUUUAUGGAGCAAAUUACUAUCUGAUAUGUCUACGCACAAAAAUAUGUUUUUCAUGAGAACUUUAACAACUGUGAUAACUUCUUGGACACACGUUGGUUAUCCUAUAGUACAAGUAAACCGACACAAUAAUACACGGACUCUUGAAAUAGUGAUUAGAGACUGUUUUCUAAGUAAUAUGGAAAUAUCUUGUGUAAGCAUGUGGUGGAUACCUGUGAACUAUAUAACAAUAUUACAGCCUAAUGUCAAAUAUCACUCGUACUUACAACCAGACGAAAACAAUAUUAUAGUUCCGAAUAUUGAAGAAGAUGAUUCUAUCAUUUUUAUAGAUAUACCUGGAUAUCGCGUCAACUACGAUCAAAAAUCUUGGAAGAAUAUUGCUCUCUUCUUGAAAACUACAACAUUUAAUAUGUUCAAUUUAUCUGACGUCACAGUAGCUCAAAUUCUCGACGAUGCUUUUUAUUUUUUAAUACAAAAUACAGAUUAUAAUGAAAAUUUUCAUUUAAAUAGUACUGAUAAUCUAGACAUAUUUUUUGAUAUUGCAAACAGUGUAUUUCACGUAAACAAUUCUUACAUAGCUUGGUAUCCUAUAUUUACUGCUUUUGAGUACUUAUCAAAGAUUUUCCCGUUUCCAGACAGUGCAUACAUCAAGUAUAGAAUUCUGGCUGUAUUAAAUAAGUUUCUUGAGGAUUCGUCGCAUACACCUUCUUCCGAAAAUAAUGUCACUAAUCAGUUAUAUUACGAAGUUUUAAAAUGGACGUGUAUUCUUGAUGGUUUAAAAUGCAAAGAUAUUGUUAUGGCUGAAUUCAAGUGGCAUGUACAAGAUCCUGCAAGACACAAACUCUUGCCAAGUUGGCAGAGAUGGAUGAUUUGCCAGAGUGUAAUAUUAGAAAAUUCUUAUUCUCUAUCUGAUGUAUGGAUUACACUAUUGCACAUGUAUAAAGAACAGUCAAAAGUAGAAGAACUGUUCAAUUUCUUACCUUGUUUUAGACAUAACACCAAUAUUUUAUUAACUUUCUUUUUGCUUCCCUAUUCUUUUCUACCAUUAUAUGGAUAUAAUUUCAACAUAAAAGAAAGUGAUAGUAUUACUUUUCUUUAUAAUACGUUUGCAAAGCAUAUAAAAAGUGUUGGAUCGCUUACAUCUUUAUUACACGUAAUAGAAAGUAUAAAAGAAACAAGAAACAUUAGCAUAGCUGCAAUAGUGACCUGUAUUAUUAAUCACGUGUAUUCAAAUGAAAUCCUGGCAAAAAUUACCGAUGAAAAUCUCUUCCAAAAGCUGAUGGACUUACAUCGCACGCCAUCGUUAAUUAUCGAUGCCAUUAAAAAAAAAGUUAUUACUCGUCGCAAUUUUCUAGUUGACAUAAGAUAUAAUUUUCGUAAAAAACCUCAUGAUGCAAUUUACAGAUAUUUAUUUUUCCAAUAA